UUUUGCCAUGGAGGCCAGCUUUGACUUCAGCAUUCAUGACAUGUCUCUCCUGAGAAGGUGGUGGUGUGUUAUCCUGGUGGAAAACUUUGGACUGGAAGGGUAUGGAAAGAAGUUUGCUCACUAUAGUGAGGAAGGCAGGGCGACCCUUAGCGACAAUGUUCCACCUACAUUCAGGAUCAGUCGUAAAAGGACGCAUGCAGGCAGCACCAUGAUGCCCCUGGACACUGACGAGGACCACUCCUAUAACAAGAGGCCUUGCAGCUUCCUUCCUAAAGAGUCGGAAAGUCAUGUUACCAUGGACAAAGAAGACGGAAGCCUGGAUGGCGAAAACGCAUCUUUCAAGAUGCUUGAGGAAAGGGCUCAACAAGCUCAGCACCAUCGAAGACUGACCAGUGGCUUGUUAAUAGAUUGUAUCACUCAGGACAAAGGCUUACUGCAACAUCUUGAAGCAAUCGUCACUGGACAAGUCAAGUCUCCUUGGGCAAAGAAGGACGAAAGGGUCAUCAUCUUAUUUGAAGAUGAUGACCAGGUGGACCGAGUGUUGUCAUUCCUCUCACAAGUGGUUGAGAAAACACAGACGGAGAGAAGGUUCACAGAUGAGGUGGCAUUCGUCAUGGAUGUGCUUCUGCCAGAGGCGACAGUCCACGCCCUUGCAGCUGUACUCUCGGUUUCCCUUGAAAGAGCCAAGGAAACUUAUAAAUGUGGACCCGAGUAUGACUGGAGUGAGAUGGAACUUUGUUCUCAUUACCUCACCAAGAACAUGAGUGAGGAAGCGCACCAAAGGCUGAAGGACUCCAGUGAAAGAUUCUGAGGAGCUUUGGAUUCCGAGGAGUUUUUAAAUAGGCUUUAACCUCCUGCAGGUCAAUCCUGGCUGCUUACAUUUUUAUUUAAACCAUGUUGAUUUUACU